AUGCCGUCAAAGGGAAAGGAGGAAAGGGAAGGCACGAGUAAAGGCAAAGAGAAAGACAAGAAGAAGAAGACAAAAACUGAUGAAUCUGCAGUGGACAGAGCCAAGGCCAAUGCCUCCCUUUGGGAGGCCAGGCUGGAAGUCACAGAGCUCUCUAGGAUGGAGUAUCGUGAUACUUCCCGGAGACUGGCAAAAAGUAAUGAGGACUUAAGGAAACAGCAGUAUAAAAUGGAGAAAGACACAAUGUCUGUAUUAAGCUACCUGAAGAAGCAGGAUCAGGAGAAAGAUAGUAUGAUUGAAAAACUGAAACAGCAAUUGAAUGAAACAAAGGAAAAAGCCCAAGAGGAGAAGGAAAAAUUGGAACAAAAGUAUACCGUGCAAAUAAAUGAGCUGGAGGGACAGUUCCAUCAAAAAGCCAGAGAAAUUGGCAUGAUUCAGACAGAGCUGAAAACAAUAAAACAAUUCCAGAAGAGAAAAAUCCAAGUGGAGAAAGAAUUAGAUGAUCUGAAGGAGAAUUUAAGGAACACAGAGCAGAGACAUCAGGAGACUCUUAGAAGAUUGGAAAGCAGGUUUUUUGAAGAAAAGCACCGACUAGAACAAGAGGCUGAAAAGAAGAUAAUAAUGCUAGCAGAGAGAGCCCACCAUGAAGCUGUGGCGCAAUUGAACAAUGCUGGAAGAACAGUUUUUAAAGAAAAUGUUUAUCUCCAGAAAGCUCUCACAUACCACCUAAAGGAAGCUGAUGCUCUACAAAAAAACUCCCAGAAGUUGCAUGAGACUCAGACUUUCCUUUUAUAUCAAAAGGAGAUCAACGAUCUGUUGGUUAAGGAAAAGAUUAUGCAACUUACCCAGCAGAGAUCACAAAUCCAGACUCUUCGGAAGAAGGUGGUAAGCUUGGAGACUGCCCUGAGUUGUAUGACCAGAGAGUUUGAGACUGAAAUUUUAAAACUGCAGCAACAGACAAUGAUAGAGAAGCAAGCAGGUCAGGUUGAAAUUGACAAGCUGCAGCAACUUCUUCAGAUGAAGGACAGGGAAAUGAAUCGAGUGAAGAAACUGGCCAAGAACAUACUGGAUGAGAGGACAGAAGUGGAAAGGUUCUUUUUAGAUGCUCUCCACCAAGUGAAGCAACAGAUCCUAUUUAGCAGGAAGCAUUAUAAGCAGGUAGCGCAAGCUGCUUUCAACUUUAGAAUGAGAGAGGCAUGUGCAGGAAGAUCCGAAUAUCCCCAAAUCCGAACAUUUGAUGGCAGAGAGCACAGCACCAAUAGUGUGAAUCAGGAUCUUAUGGAGGCUGAGAAAUGGACAGAUAUUCAAGGAAAUGUUGAUAUUGGAGAUUUGACCUGGGAACAGAAGGAGAAAGUCUUGAGAUUGCUCUUUGCAAAAAUGAAUGGUUUUGUUCCUAGGAAAUACAGCCAGAGUUCUAGGCCUCCAGUUCCAGACUAUGUUGUUCCUGACAAUGGAGAGACAAAGGAAUGUGGGGAUGAAUGUAAGCUUCAAGAUCAAACCUUCAUCACCCAGCAAGAGCCAGUCUCAGACUCUUCUGGUGAACUGGUAAUACCUAAUACUCAGAAAGGAUCACGAGAGUCUGACAUAGUAAGGAGUCUGUAAUCUAACCAAACAAUACACAUAACUGUUACCUUUCCCCAUGCAGCUUCUUGCUGAG